CUUCAAACAUCAAACCGUUGGUGAUGUUUGAAAUGUGUCUCGUUUUGGCAAUGGGUAACUGAUGGCACUUCGCCCAUGAAGGUGACACCCUUUCUGUAUAUCCAUUAAUGGACACUGAGUUUUAAAGGAAGAAGAAGAAGAUGCAAAAACUGAAAAACUAAUUAAUUAUUAUUUUUCUUUUUAAAAAAAGACAUAAAUUGAAAUAAACGAACAAAAAUUGAAAGCUUGGAACCAGGUAGACCAGCUGUGUCUGUCGGCGAAUAACCAAGCACACCCAUAAGCUCCCUUUUCUCUCUCUCUCUCUCUUCAAAGUCUUCAAUUCAAUUUGUGACAUAGUUAGAGAGAGAGUGUGUGUGUGUAUGUGUUUGUGUUGUACUUUGUUUUUUUUUCCUUCAACUUGGGAACAAAGGUUGAGACUUUCAAUCUUCUUCUUUGCAAAUUCUUUGAAAAGCCAUCAUGGGUAUGCUAUUAUUGCCCAAUGUUGUUGUGAUGGGACUAAUGAGGGUCAAUGGAAUGAAGCUAUAGCAGAGUGGAGAGAAGGAUGAGAAGAAACCCACAUGGUGUUUGGGUUGCAUAUGGUUUAGUCUAUUGAGGAAGCAAUGUAGAACAAGGUUAUUGCAACAUUGUAUGGAAAAGAAAAAGAACUAUGGUUUCAUUUUGAGACGUGGGAAGUGGGAAAUGGUGUGAGCUAGAUUGGUUGCUAGUUAUUGGUUUUCUUGUUUUUGUUUGUUUUGUUUUGUUUUGGGGGUUGAGGAAUUGAGUGUUGGUGGAUCGAGAGCAAUGGAGUCUCGGAUGGAUCAGUAUGAGAUCAUGGAGCAGAUCGGUAGAGGAGCAUUUGGAGCUGCUAUUCUUGUUCACCACAAGGCUGAGAAAAAGAAAUAUGUGUUGAAAAAAAUAAGGCUUGCAAGGCAGACUGAACGAUGCAGAAGAUCUGCUCAUCAAGAAAUGGCUCUUAUUGCUCGAAUCCAGCACCCUUACAUUGUGGAAUUCAAGGAGGCAUGGGUUGAGAAGGGUUGCUAUGUCUGCAUUGUCACUGGAUACUGUGAAGGUGGAGACAUGGCUGAAUUGAUGAAAAAAUUAAACGGUGCUUACUUUCCUGAGGAGAAACUCUGCAAAUGGUUCACUCAAUUACUGUUGGCAGUAGAUUACCUGCAUUCGAAUUAUGUUUUACAUCGUGACCUAAAGUGUUCCAACAUCUUUCUUACCAAAGAUCAGGAUGUUCGCCUUGGGGAUUUUGGGCUUGCUAAGACACUAAAAGCAGAUGAUUUGGCUUCUUCGGUGGUAGGAACUCCUAAUUACAUGUGUCCUGAACUGCUUGCUGAUAUUCCGUAUGGAUUCAAAUCUGAUAUUUGGUCACUCGGGUGCUGUAUAUACGAGAUGGCUGCUCAUCGCCCUGCCUUUAAAGCUUUUGAUAUGGCAGGACUGAUAAGCAAAGUGAACCGUUCAUCCAUUGGCCCUUUGCCUCCAUGUUAUUCCCCUUCCUUGAAAACACUGAUAAAGGGCAUGCUAAGAAAAAAUCCUGAGCAUCGGCCGACAGCAUCUGAGGUGUUAAAGCACCCUUAUUUGCAGCCUUAUGUGGAUCAAUAUCGUCCGUCUUUCAGUCCUCCAACAACCUGUUCUCCUGUAAAACCAAUUUCUGCUGUCAAUGAUCAUCGAAAAAAUAUGGCUGAAAGUCAAAACAGUAAUAGUUCAAGUAGUGACAAAGAUACUUUGAUGUCAAAUGAGAAAAACAUUGCAACAGCAGGACCAAAGUGUGAUAACGAAGCCACUGAGAUGGAUCAAACAUCAAUCGAUGAUGAUGGCUCAGAUGAAGAAAGUGGUUCUUGUAAUGUCAAUGCCAAAACAGCUGAGCAAGAGGUGGUUGAACCAUCUCAUAACAAACACCAUUCUAACGUUGAAUCUAAGCAGCCAAAAACAAUUAGAAAUAUAAUGAUGGCAUUGAAGGAAGGAAAAGUUAGAGAAGCAACUUCUCCAAUGAGAGGCAACCGCAUAAAGCCUAGUGGCCUAUCAACACAAAAAAUAAGCACAGAGACAUUAUCUAAAUUGCCUAAGCCUACUUUUAUUGCUCCUAGUAUGAAGCCUAAUUUAGAAUCACAUGCUGCACUUGCAAGGGCAAGCCCUGACCCUGCAAAAAGAAUGAUGGGAUCACAUUAUCCAAAGCAUCAGAUUCUGAUGACAGAAGCCUCACCAAAAGUUAAAGCUAGACAUGAUUUCACUCCACCAUCUGCACUUGUCAAACAAGUAGAAGGAGAUGGAGUUUCUCCAAGGCCAAGACAAAGGACUCCCCCAAGCUUACUUAGAAGACCUUCAUUUUCUGGAAGAAUGAGGCUGGCUGGAAUUGAUGUUCCAAAUGCAGCAAAUGAUACUGGGAAGCUAGGCACAAAUAAAAUAGUCCAGGAACCUCAGAUGAGCCCUUGUCAAUUGGCCAAUGGCAAUGUACCACAUAUUUCAAGACAGGUUACUACUAGAGAGCCUCAGAAGGCUUUUGAAAGAAGUUCCAAAGGAUUGCAAACAGACAGCAGCAAUUCUGCCUCAUCUUCAGUUUCUAUCCAAGGAUGUGAACUUGCUGAUGAUGCAACAACUUUCAUUGACAUGAGAGAACAGAUGCUUCCUAAUCAUGAGAAAGUAAACCACAUUGUAGGUGUUGAAUCAUGUCCUGAUAGGAGCCAACCUACAACUUGUGCACAUUGUAAGAUGGUUGAAAAAGUGCCUAAAGAAACCUGUGAGGUUUCCACGAAUUUUCAGAAUACUAUUAGUAGUAAUGAGAAAGUGAGUUCCAGUUUAACUCUAGAUCACCACCAUGUUGAAGAUUCUAAGGUAACACUUGCUUCAGAAGGUGGUCUUGUCAUAAACAAGACAACUACAUCUACUACUACCUCCAACUGUGAUGAUAGAUCUGUAGACCCCUCUGCUGGAGCCACCAAAGAAAUAAAAGAUUUUCAAGAUAUUUCCAAGGAAAUGCCUUUAACCAAGUCUCCUAAGGAAAUCAAGGAUUUUCAAGAUAUUUCCAAGGAAAUGCCUUUAACCAAGUCUCCAAAACAAGCACCCCCAAGUUCUGGAGAAAAAUCUGUUCAUGUAGAAGUUAGUCCAGUAAGUGAACCAGAUAUAGUUAGCCAGCCAACACUUGGAUGCAAGCCCCCUGGUGAUGACAAAUUCACAGUGAGGGAGCGACUGUCACCGGUGGCUGAAACUGUUCCUGUGGUCACCACUACUAAAUCAUCAAGCCAGAAAGUCUUGCAAGAGAAAGGAACUUUGUUGCAGAAUCCAGCACAAGAAAGGCCUGACACUGGCCAUCUUCCUCCAGCCUUUGAUGAUGUUAUCCAUGUCAUACGCCACAGUAGUUACCGCGUUGGAAGUGAGCAACCAGUGAAGGAAUCUGUGGAGAUGGGAGUUCAAAAUGUAGAUGUUGGUAAGUUCAUCAAUGUAGUGAGGGAUGAUUUAGAAAUGAGGAACAUAACCUCACCUUUGACCCCCCUCAAAUCUUCAAGUUGCUCUGAUGCUGCAAGCUUGAAAUCAAACAUUUCUGAUCAGCCGGAAACGAAGAACUCGAACACUCCUCCAAUCCUUAAAUCUUCAAGUCUCUUCGAUGCUUCGAGCAUGAAAUCCAGCAUUUCUGAUUAUCCAGGUCUUAAGGAACAAGAUGUGAGUAACCCUCCUCCUUUAGUUUCAGAACCUGAUUCUGCUGAGGCCAGUAAAUGCAACACUCCUGUAAAUGAAGAGAAACUACCGGUGGCAAAGGAAACAUUGGAUGUGAAAUCUUUCAGGCAGAGAGCAGAGGCACUUGAAGAGCUCUUGGAGUUGUCUGCAGAGUUGCUGCAGCAAAACAGAUUGGAGGAACUUCAAGUUGUUCUGAAGCCCUUUGGGAAAGACAAGGUCUCUCCAAGGGAGACAGCCAUUUGGUUAGCCAAGAGUCUCAAAGGAAUGAUGUCUGAGGAAAGUGGGGGACGCUCUUCAUGAUGAGGUAUCUCCAUUAGUCAAUUCUUAUGUGAUAAGUUUCACUUUGUAUUUUAUGUUUAAAAUUUGCUCUUUAUAUAGUUCAUAGCUAUUCAAGUACCACUUGAAUUCAUAAGAGAGAACAUGUUGGCUUUGUCCCUUCUUUCAUUGUUGUAAUUCUUACAGUGCUUUUAUGCUGUUGUAAAUAGUGACCAUACAAAUUACUAACAUCAAAUUACGAUCAAUUGUAUGGACAUUCCGUGCCCCGGCAUAGGUGUUAAAUAUUAAUGUACCAAAGAGUUGCUAUGAUUAAA